UGUGAGGCAAUUUUAGUAAUGUAAUGUAAAUGUCCUUUUAAAAAAAAAAGAAAUAGAUUCUAGAAAUAGUACGUGGUCCGUUUUAUGCUUUUACUCUGAUACAUUGGAUAGAAAAGGGAGGUUCGAGCGGGUCGCUGGUGCCCCUGAAGUUCGGGCAGGUUCAGCUUCAAGUUAUCAGCGUCCACCGAGCAGCUGCUCCCAACCGACAGACCGCUAAAAUGCUCCCGGACACGUACGGGUGCGCUGUAGCGAACCGGUAUGGGGAUCUUCUGGAUGACGAUGCUGACCCUUUUGAAUUGAUCAACCAAGUGGUAAUGGAGAAGAUCAAAAAGAAGCAAGACAAGGAGAAGAAAGACAAGCAGAAGAAAGCUGGUCAGAAGGAAUCUCAGAAGGACAGACGCGUUGCCUAUGUGUCAGAAGUACAAGACCCGGCUCCAGUCCGUAACCAGCAGCAGAAACCUGCGCUUCAUGGAGCCGUGUCUGAGCGGGCAAAUGGUAGAGAGGUGUCCUAUGUGGCCAUAAGGAGAGCUGCCCCGGGGGACCGCUGGGCCAAUAAAGAGGAGUAUCCACAGGAGUUUUCCAUCUCUAAGCCUUCCUAUAACGCAGACUCUGACCUCAGAGACCGAGGCGGAAACCGAGGUAGGAGAGGAUCAAGAGGUGGAGGAGGAUACACGGGGAACGCUGACAACUUCAACUUGAGGGGCAAAAGAGAAUAUGAUCGCCAAAGUGGAACAGGGAUCUCUCCUGAGGAAAAGCGAGGAGGCAGUGGACGCUGGAACUGGGGAAGUUUUGAAGAAUCUGUAAGAAAUGAGUCAAUGGAGAUGGUUUCCCAUAAUCCCGAGGGGGCACAAACCGCUGCAGAGGGAGAUGAUUCAAAUCGCACAAUGGAUGAAGAGGAUGAAGUCAUGGUCCAGGUUGCCAUGGAGAUGACCCUGGACGAGUGGAAGGCCCUGCAGGAAACUAGUCGUCCCAAAGUGGAGUUUAAUAUCCGCAAAUCUGAGAACAAGAUUCCCUCCAAAGCCAAGGUCAUCCACAAGUCAAAGCAUACCGAGACUGUGAAGGAGGGGAUCCUGGAAGAAGUGGAGGAGGAAGGCACCUUCCUCCGCAAGUCUGUGAAUGACAUAACCUCCCUUCUGGACAUCAACUUCGGAAGCCUGGGACGUCCCAGUCGUGGGGGUCGAGGAAGGGGAGCGAGAGGUGGCCCGGCUAAUCGCCCAGAGAGACCCAGACCAAUAUUAGAGAGGGAGGAUGGUUUGGCUCCAAACCCAGAUGACCCAGAAGACUUCCCAGCACUAUCAGCAGGAAAAUGACUGGUUUACCUCCUGCGGGGAAUAUAGGUUGCACUUCACUGGUUUCUGCCGUUCUUGACUUAUUCUAUUGCAGAAAAUGCGCUGUUCACCCCUGGAGAAUAAAUGCUUUUGAAAGUUUC